UGUUUUGCAGCUCCAGUGUGACAGACGACGGAGCUGACGUCUGACCGCCGCUGCGGAGGCGCUUGUUUACGGUAAAUAUCGUUCGCGCGAGCCCCUCCUCUCCCGACGCGGCGCUUCUCCCAGGUCUUGCUCGGUGAAAGCCGGACUGCCACAUUGGAGAGUGUCGGCUGGGUCCCCCGGGAUGUCGUUCCUGGAGAAGCCGGUGGUCCACGGCGGGCUGCUGCUGGAUGACACCGUCCCGCUGACAGCGACGAUCGAAACCAGCCAGAACCUUCAAUCGCACACGGAGUACAUCAUCCGGGUGCAGAGGGGCGUGUCCUCGGACAACAGCUGGCAGGUGAUUCGUCGAUACAGCGACUUUGACGUUCUCAACAGCACCCUGAUGAUUUCCGGCAUCACUCUGCCACUCCCUCCCAAGAAGCUGAUCGGAAACAUGGACAGGGAGUUCAUCGCAGAGAGGCAGAGAGGACUGCAGGCCUACCUGGACUCCAUUACUCAGCAUCCGCUUCUGUCUGUGGCACUCUCUGUCAAGAAAUUCCUGGAUCCCAACAACUACUCUGCCAACUACACAGAAAUCGCCUUGCAGCAGGUCUCCAUGUUCUUCAGGUCAGACCCAAAGUGGGAGGUGGUGGAGCCACUCAGAGACAUUGGUUGGAGACUAAGGAAAAAGUAUUUUCUGAUCAAAAACAAAGAACAGGCCAAAGAGAGGUACCUGCUGAGCUGGGUGGACCUGGGUCCAGAUAAGUUCCUGUCGGACAAAGACCUGCAGUCAGCUGUUAAACUGCUGACCAGCGUCACGAGUCCCUUCAUCUGUCCGCUCAUCUUCUCCAGCACGAAUGAGUCCUCCGCUCUGCUCAUCCGGCCGUUCAGUGAGAAAGGUUCCCUGAGAGACCAAAUCUGUAAGGUGAAGCCCAAAGAAAUGUAUUUGAAAAAGUACUGCAACCCUAAGAAGACCCAGGGGCUCGAACUAUUGCACAUCAAACUGUACGGCCGACAAAUACUGGAGGGUCUGAAAGUCCUCCAUGAUGGAGGGUUGUUCUACGGCCACCUACACGCUGGCAAUGUCUUGGUGGAGGACGACGUGUGUCAGCUGCUGGACGUGGAGAAUGGCGUGCUAGGAGUCCCCUCAGUGCUGCGCCCGGCUUUCACUCAGCUCAGGAAGAUUAACACCAUAGAAAGUGUGGACGUCUUCUGCUUUGGACAUCUACUGUACGAGAUGACGUAUGGGCAGCCGCCUGAGACCGUCCCUGUGGAUGAGUAUCCCUCCGUCCCCUACACCACAGUGGUGUCGGUGCUGCAGUCCAUUCUGUCCACAGAGGCCUGUAAAAGCCGGAUGCCCACAGUCACGCAGCUCAUUCAGACCCACCUAUUCAAUGACGUCCAGCUGCAGCACUCAGAGAAAGUCCACAUCAGGGUUCCCAGCAGACUUAAAGAAGCACUGAAAACAGCAAAGGAAAGUUUGGAGAAGCGGCUACAAGAGGAGCAGAGACUGCUCCACCAGCACAGACGGCUGACCAGAGCUCAGUCACAUCAUGGCUCUGAGGAACAGAAGAAGAGGAGGAAGAUUCUGGCUAGGAAGCAAAAGUCCCGACAGUCAGCAUAUGAGAAUGAAGAAGAUGCUUCAGUGAGGAACAACAACAACAACUCUGGUUCCGGGGCCAGUUCUCCUCCCACAUGCCCCUCCUCCCCCACUCCAAUAGUAGAGCAUGCUCCAUUCUGACCGUGUCGUGGGGUAAAGUAAAACACAUGUACUGUGGAUGACCACCACCAAAGUCGCAUCGGUUUUAAAAGCUGUCGUACUGUGUAGCUUUCCAGCAAGCUCGCUGUCACCACCACCAACCGAUGUAUGGAGCCGUUUAUUGAUUUAAAAGAUUCAGAACAUAUUUGGGCACCUCCUGCUGCUAAACUGUAAAACUCUGAUACUUCUGACCUGCUAACUGUAAGUGGAGCAUAUAUCCAGGCUGAGUUGAUUCACCGUCCUGGUUGCCUCCCUGUCUAAUGGUUUCCUCUAAUCGUGCUUGUGAUCUAUAUAUUACAUCUGACACUUAACCACAGAUUUAUUUGGAUGUGAUCCGCUAGUGUUUAUAGGCUCUUCAGUGUCACUGAUAAUCGCAGAUGCACUUGUUGCAGGUGUUCAUGAUCAUGACAUCAGAUCUGAAUCUUUCUUCUGAAUCUUUUCAUUUUGACGUGUAAAACACCAUCAGGAGGAAGCUGGGUGUCUAUUCUGGUGUCUCUUGGGAGAGGUCAUGUGAUUCUGUGCUUGCUUGGAAGUGGACGUACGACCGCCUUAAUUAAAACCGCACAAUCUUCAAUGACCCCCGAGCUCAGACUGCCGCCUUCGUUGGAGAUUGUGAUCCAUCUGUCCCGUCUGUCUGCAUGUGUAUCUCUGUGUGUGUUGGGGGAGGAGCUUUUGAGGGGGUUAUCUUUGCGGCUCUGUGAUCUAUGCAGAGCUUUCUCAUGGAUGAGAAAACUCUUCCUCAUACUUGAAGCUUUUGUUUGGAUAAUGAUCAGACGACUGUCAGUCCACAAGAGACAUUUGAAAACACACUAGUAACAGCUUCCCUAACCAUAACUACCCCCCCCCCCAAGUUCCACUUUUGGGUGGAGGACUGUGACAGGACAAGGCCUCCUUAACAGAGGGGGAGUUGUCCUCCUCUACUGAUGGAGAGGGAGCGCUGUCACUGAGCAUUACACUUGGCAUCAUAUCGACAAGAACAACAGAAAAGCUCACAGUAGGGGCCUCUAUGUUGUUGAAGUGCUGGUCAGAUCUGUUUCCUAGUAAGGUCAUUUUACUGAGGCUGGAAAACUCAAAUUAUUUCCACCACUGCUACUUCAUCCAUUGACCACUCCUCUUCCUUCACACCGUGACAGGCCAGGUAAAGUGUCAGGAUGUCUCCUGAACGCCUCUCUAGUGAGGAUUCCCGAGCAUAUUCAGCACAGGUCCGAGAGAUUAUGUCUUGUUUGACCUGGAUUUUCCAGCAGAAGAGUCUGGAGCUUUUUCAGGGAGGGAAGUCUGUGGCUCUUUGCUUCAGCUUCUACACCGACAGCAUGGCCUGAGAUUGGCGUGUUUAAAUAAAAGUUAGCUAUAAAUUGAAACUAUUCUUGGAGACUUCAAAACAGAUCUGAUCUAUUUCUAAUUGUUCAAAGGUGUGGACUGGAAAUGUUCUGAAUAUUAAUCCAACAAGAACCCUUGCGACCUCCAGCCUGAGAUGACAAAAGUCACUGACCUUGGAGGUUUUCUCUUUUGCCAACCAUGUUGGUGGUUAAAACAGAGACCACUGUGGUUCCAUUGCUCCAGCAGUGACACGUGUCUCUGGAUUGUAUCAGGCUGAUCGGUGUUCUUUCAUUCUGUCGGGAUAUGCUUAUAUCCCCACUUGUUUUUCAGCCUCGUCCUCUGGCUUCUCUGCUGUUGUUGUUUGGGAGAAUUGAAGGGCCAGUAAGGGAGGCAUAUGCAACGCUGAAGUCACCAUCAGUUCAUGCCAUAAUGCCCUCACCUCUCGUGUAAGAGAAACAGUCCUACAUGAUAAGUAUCAUGUUUUGAGUGGAAAAAGAACGCUACUUCGUAAAUUGGCCAGAAUGUUACAGUCAUUUGUUGUGUUGAACUGAUGGUGGGUUGAGCUCCUGUUGACCUGCAGCUGCUGGUUACACAAAAAAAAACAUCUGACUGUCACUAGUUUAGGUCUGAUGACAGAUUCUCGACUUCAUUUGCGAGGUUGCACGGUUUCAGGCUACUUUUUAAUAUUCUGAUCUAUUUUUUUUCCAUAUUUAUUUUUUUCCCCUAUGCCUGUGGUGUCACUGCUGCAUGCCUUACACCACAAGCAAUAUACUACCUCGCUCUAAAGACCUGCUCAGCUGCUAGUCCAGACUGUAGUUAACUAGCUUAUUCAACUGUUGUGACCCAAGCGUUCUUGUGUGUGCUUCUUGGGAAGGUCCCCCAAAUAUUAUUUGAUAUGCCCACCUUUGCGAACUCGAUCGGACCUUCACCUUUGACAAUUGGGCCCGAUUAACGGACGGAUCCACCUCAGAUCCCUGCUUUUCAAAGCGCGUUUGCUAACUAGAUUUGAGAGGACAUCAUUUCAUUAAAUGCUCUUCAUCCAUCAAAAAUAAUGUUCAUACAAGUUUGUUGUGUAACAGGCUUCUGCAGAGUCUUAUCCGCUUUCCAUGAUUAUUUGGUCUGAUGUUUGUCGUGCCCCCUACAGGAGUCCGGAAUGCUCCACCGCCUCCUCCUCCUCCUCCACCACCACCACCACCACCACCACCACCCCCUCCGCCACUGGAAGCAUCUUCAGCUCCUCCUCCUCUGCCCUCAGCUGACAGAGCUGACGGGAGCCGCACUGCCUUGCUUAGCUCC